AUGUGCCAGUCAUUCGUCCAUCUAUAUAAGGCCACGGAGGAUGUACGCAGUGAAGUGAAUCAUAUGGCUCCUGCUAAUGGCUCACACGAGGACGAGGUAGUGGCUGACCUGCACAAGCCCCGACCAUACACCCCCAGCCCCUGGGGUGACUUCUUCCUCAACCACAAUCCAUGCUCUCAAUCACAGUAUUUGGCUAUGAAGCACAUGGCAACUAUCAAGAAGGAGCAAGUGAGAAAGAUCAUCUUGGAUGCCAAAUCUUCCUCCGAUUUAGUUGUGAAGAUGGAACUUAUCGACACACUGGAACGUAUAGGUGUGGCCUAUCACUACCACGAAGAUAUCAAUGAAAUACUACGUGACAUGCAUAGUGACGAACAAGGCACUGGUGACGACCUUCAUAUGACAGCGAUGCGGUUCUACUUGUUGAGGAAGCAUGGCUACCACAUCUCUCCUAAUGUGUUUCGGAAAUUCAGAGAUGACCAAGGAAACUUUGUUAGCGAUGAUCUGGACUCAUUGUUGGCAUUGUACAAUGCAGCGUAUCUUAGGGAUCGCGGGGAAGAACUACUUGACGACGCUAUUGUUUUUACUAAGAGCCAUCUACUAUGUAUGUUGGAACAUCUAGACUCACAGUUGGCAGAAGAGGUCGAGUGCACGUUGGAAACACCCCAUUUCAGGAGAGUCGAAAGAGUGGAAACGAGACGUUACAUCCCGGUGUAUGAGAUGAAGGCUACUCGAAAUGAGCACAUAUUAGAGUUUGCUAAGCUGGAUUUUAACAUUUUGCAAACUCUCUAUUGCAAGGAAUUGAAAGAUCUUACAAUUUGGUGGAAAGACUUUCAAACACAGACAGAUCUACAAUUUGCACGAGAUAGAAUGGUGGAGAUGCAUUUUUGGAUGCUUGGAGUUGUCUAUGAGCCACAAUAUUCCUAUUCACGUAUCAUGCUGACAAAACUGGUGAUGAUUGUGUCAUUAUUUGAUGACCUUUAUGACAACUAUAGCACCACUGAAGAAAGCAACAUCUUCACUGCAGCCAUGGAAAGGUACACACACUUUCUGAACCAUAUGUGGGAUGAACAAGUCGUGGAGCAUUUCCCAGCAUACUUGAAGUCAUUAUACAUCAACAUACUUAACACUACAAAUGUUAUUGAUGAAGAGUUGAAGCAUCAGAAAAACAUGCAUGCCGGAUUGGCAAAAAAAUUGGUAAUUGACGUUGCCAAAUGCUAUCACGCGGAGGUGAAAUGGCGGGAUGAACACUACGUACCAACUAGUGUAGAAGAGCAUCUACAAAUUUCAGUGCGGAGCAGUGCUUGUAUGCAAAUUAUAAGCCUUGUGUUCAUCACAAUGGGUGAUAUAACUACAAGAGAGGUUCUUGAGUGGGCUCUUACCUAUCCAAAAAUUAUCAAAUGUGUAUGUAUUGUCGGGCGCAUUGGCAAUGACAUGGUGUCACAUGAGCGCGAACAACUAUCAGAGCAUGUGGCAUCCACAGUACAGACUUGUACAAAAGAGCAUGGGAUCACGGUGGUUGAAGCCAAUGAGAAGCUUAAGGUAAUAAUUGAAGAAGCAUGGAUGGACAUAGUCCACGAAUGCCUCCAUAAGGAACAUCCAAUGGAACUUCUAGAGAAGGUGACUGAUCUUGCCCGGACAAUGGAUUUCAUGUACAAGCGUGAAGAUGCAUACACCCUCUCUUUUAGUCUCAAAGAGACCUUAACUUCACUUUACGUGAAUUUCAUAUGA